ACGUUAUCAUUUUUUUCUAAUAUGGCUGCCGGUGUUCUCCCGAUAGGAAUAUACGGCCGCCACACAACAACAGCGGUCAUUUCGCGGUUAUCACAGGUAAUCGACAUAACCUUGUUUAUUUUGUCAAAGUACAGUAUGUAAAUAUUAUGUUGAAAUUAUGAUAAGACUAGAAUUUUGAUAAGCGAUAACGAUUAUAAUUGAAAGCAUGGCAUGUUUUGUCGUAUAACGUUUUAUAGAAGUCUAGUUUACAUUUUACACUACGUUAAAACUCAACUUAAUACUUCAAUAUGCGUUUAAAACGCCAUCAAAAAGCCGAACGUAAUAUCAAUUUUUAUUGUGUCAACUUCGGAUUCAGAAAACCUUUUCAAAUUCUUGUCGAUGGCACAUUUUGUAUGGCUUCAGCUCAAAACAGAGUGCAAUUACGUGAAGACAUUCCAAAAUAUUUAGGCGGCGAAGUAAAACUAUUGACUACGCAAUGUGUUAUAAUCGAAACAGAAGCUUUAGGUGCUGCUGUCAGACCUGCUAUGCAUAUAGUAAAAUCAUUUGGUAUACAUAAAUGUGGUCAUUCCAAGAAAACAAUUUCCGGAGCCAAUUGCAUAGCGUCAAUGACUAAAGAAAAUAUGAACACUAGGUAUAUUGUGGCUACUCAAGAUAAGGCGCUUCAAAAUAUUUUGUAUCACCUUCCUGCCGUUCCGGUUAUGUAUUUUAAUGGAUUGAGUAUUAUUCUGAAAGCUCCGUCACCAGCAUCUUUAGUGCAAGCUAAAGAGAGAAAACAAUCCAGGUUUCAGUUAACGGAGCAUGAAAACAAAGUUUUAACAUCUAUGAAAAAUUCAACAACAGGAAUUGUCACUAGUACAACGGAAGAUUCGACUAGCUAUCCAGGAGUGUUUACAAGAGCAAAAGGUCCAAAUCCAUUAUCUUGCAAACCUAAGAAGAAGAAAAUUGUCGAUGAGACGGUCAUAGAAAAAGUAAAAAAUACAACGAAACGUAAGAGACAUAGAAUUAAAAUACCACAACAUGUCAAGGAAGAAUUAAAAAAAAUGAAACAAGUAUCUUAACGUCUUAAUGCCUUACAGAGUCUGUUUACAAAAGUCGGUCGGUCGGUCGCCCGUGUGUUAUUUAAUUCCAAGAGCGCGUCAUGCCUGUACCCUCCACGCCGAUCCGUACACGUCAUUACUCAUAUAUAUAUAUAUAGAAGACAAACCAGUGCGACGGCAGUCACGUGCGACCGAUGGCACAUAUCGUUCGGAUUACGGAUGGGUAACCGUUGUCCGUUUGCCGUCGCUGUCCGCUGUCCGUCUUCCGCUGUCGUCUUAUUGUUGUACACCAGAGAAACCAUGAUGCGACGUCCGACUGCGGUGAUAGUCGUCUGUUCUGCGGUUUUCGUCCUAAAAAUGUCGCCUGCCGCCUGUUCGCCUUUGAAAAUCGGCCAAAAAAACAACACCACUCGACAAAACGGUAUACUUAUGAUCAAAAUAUUAAAUACUAACUACCUUUAUUAUUUUUACCUAACUUAACCGAUUAGACUUAAAAAAGU